GUUCWGUAGUAUUUGCAAUAAUCUUACUAGUAUUUAUUUUGAAAUUGGCUUAUACUUUUCGCACGCUCUUGUUUCGCACCUGAGCAUGUCUCUAGCUUCUUCUAUCAUCACUGCUCCUCAUAUUAACAACUAGUGGUUGCAGUUACAGGCGACGAUAUGGCCACAAUCACAGCCACUCAGCGAGUGGUAAAUAACCAUUUGACCAACUUCAAUUAUCAUCAUUUGUCAAGUGUCAUUAAAUACUUGAAUAAUCAGCAACCAACACCCCAACAACCGCAACAGCCAAAAACAUGGACAACAACCAAUGCAUUGUCAAUAUCACAAAGAUAUUUUGAGAAAAUUGCUCCAGCGUCUGUUGGUAUUCCAGCAUUGAUGAAUCAAAAUUUUUAUGAUAUGCAGGAUUCUGGUUCAGAUGCAUCUGGUCACGACGGCUAUGGAAGACACAGGAGACAUAAUAGGGACAAGGAACCUAUAUUUCAAUGUCCUGACUGUGAUAAAAGGUAUCGCUCUAAAACUAGCUUAAGUCUACACAAACGUCUUGAAUGUGGAAAAGAACCAGCUUUCCAGUGCCCAUACUGCCCGCUCAAAACACAUCAGAAAGGUAACCUGCAAGUACAUAUAAAAAAGAAACACAACGAUCAUGGAGAACUUAAUAGGACUUAUUGAAUUAUAAGAGUAAAACAACAUUGGUCUUAUAAACAUUUAGAGAGAUUAUAGUGCCAUCCUCCCAGUCUUAACUUUUUUUACAUUUCCAAGGGACAUAAACAAUUGAAAUAUUCAAAUUUUUUCGAAUACAAAAAUCAAAAUUUCAUAAAAUAAAUUCAAUAGUUUGGAUCUAAAACUCAUCUUUGAAUUACAAUAUUCUUAAACUAAUAUUUUAUUUAUUUUUUGCAUUGUUAUUUUAUUUUAGGUUAAUUUGUGAAUUAUUUAAUAAUA